AUGAGCCUUGAUCCCAGUGCCUUUCCGAGGUCAAACUCCCCCGCAAGCUCCGAGAGCUCCUUGACACGCACGCGUUUGCAGGGAAAAGAAGGAUCCGUCAAAAAAGACAAAAGUUAUCGCCGUUAUGCGUCGAGCGUUGAACGAGCCUUAUCACUAUUCGACAAUGCCUUACAAGAAUGGGCCGACUACAUAUCCUUUCUCAGUCGCCUUUUGAAGGCACUUCAAACCCAUCCACCAGAUCAACCUGUUGUUCCUCAUAAAGUUCUCGUCUCGAAGCGACUUGCUCAAUGUUUGAACCCAUCAUUGCCGUCUGGUGUUCACCAGAAGGCUCUUGAAGUAUAUACCUACAUAUUUGGGCUGAUUAAACUCGAUGGGCUAUCGCACGACUUGCCCUUGUACCUACCUGGCCUUGCGCCCACCUUGACAUUCGCUUCCCUUACAGUCCGCCCUCUCUUUCUUUCCUUGGUGGAAGGUUAUAUCGUCGAUUUGGAACCACGAGCUCUUCGGCCAGCCUUGAAAGCUAUUAUCCUGGCCUUGCUCCCGGGACUAGAAGAAGAGACGAGUGACGAUUUCGAACCGACACUCCGUAUCAUCAAUAAGCUUCGCGAAGUAGGAGGAAGGCUGGAGACACAGAAAACAUCUGAAGCUGGGGCCUCUGGGCAAUACUUUUGGCAAUGCCUGUUUCUCGCAUCUAUCACGAACCCAAGCAGACGUCUUGGUGUACUAGCUUAUUUGAAUCGCUACCUGCCUAGGUUAGGCAUUGCAGGCCGUCGCCAGAGCACGGCCGAGACUGGGGAUGUGAAGGAUAUUCCACCUGAGAUGUUAGCCGCGGCUGACUCUGUGAUCCUCCCAGAGCCGGGCCUGUUGAUUCGAUGCUUUGCAUCGGGCCUGUCUGAUGAACAGAUUUUGGUUCAACGAAAUUUCCUUGAUCUUUUGGUAACACACCUGCCACUCAACUCGCCGAUUCUCCAGUCACGAAUCACGGAUGCUGAUCUUGAAACUUUAAUCGUUGCGGCCGUGGGCGUGGUCACUCGACGAGAGAUGGGCUUGAAUCGGCGACUGUGGGCAUGGUUCCUUGGCCCCGAGCCUAACAAUGACCGGGAGCGUUCUUCCACUGAUGGUAGAAAGUUCUCCUCUGAAACUACACACUCGGCCUCUACAGAUGCCAAGGAGCUUUCACAAUCGCAGUAUUUCAGUCGGGUCGGCUUGCAACCACUGGUAAAUGGACUUCUCAAGAUGAUUACUCGAGGCUCUCAAAUUCCGUCCGAAAGAACGAAGCCUUUCCGAAUCUCACUUUCCUUGAUGGACCGUUGGGAAAUUGGCGGUUACAUUGUCCCUGCAGUGUUUCUCCCCACAAUUCGCAGUGUUCAGAUGUUUGAGGAACAGACUUCUAGGAAUAAUUACGAGGAAGUUUUUCGCAGUGCUAGUGCCUUCUUUGACGGUGUCGAAAGCAGCGUAAUUUUUUCUGAGAUAUUGGGCCUAGUUGAUUUUCGCUCUAUCGAUACCGAGAAAGAUCCAGAACUGGUUUUGCGUAACCUCGAUCUUGCGCGAUUCAUCAUCGGAAACUUCAAUGUCCGAGAGGAGGACAUGCUUCAGGUUCACGUUCCUCUAUUGACACUUUCGGUCCUCGUACGGAUGCGAGAAAUAUCUUUGUAUAAGCCUUCAUCGGGAGCAAUUGUGGAUAAAAGAUCCCUAACUACGGCUUUGAGCAGUGUGCUGAAGUCUUUAAGCCCGUUGCUUACAGAAAGAUCUUUCUCGCGAAAGACAGGCCAGGAGAAAGUGGCCACCGACGCGAAAUCCGGCGAUCGGGACGUUUUGAAUAAGAUUCACAGUUUUUAUGAAAACAGCAAAAACAGCCUUGAUCUCCCUCCUCUUCCAUUUGGUCCUAAGCAACUCAGCGAAAUGAUCAUUCGUGAAGCUCAUGACUUGGCCGUUGAAGCACUGGAAAAUGACAAUGGCGCCCCAUGUCUUCAUGAAAAGGUCGAUAUCCUUGUAACACUGCUCAUGAAACUCCCCAAAUCUCGAGUUCUUCGUGACAAGCGGUUUUAUGGGGCUUUAUCACGAAGGUUAGCCAAGGGAGAAAAUAAAUUGACAACAACAGCGUUUUCAGUUAUCUCUACGAUAACCUCUGCGUUGACAAAUGUAUUUGCCAUCCAUAGUCUGGGAUUUUAUAUCAACUAUGAGGAUGCGUGUGGCCUGGUACCAAGUCUGGUUGAACAGCUCUGGCAAUAUUUGUCACCACUGAGCCCCAAAUUUCAUGUUGAAGCUGUUCGGUGUCUAUGGUUGCUUCACUCAAUAUCAUGGGUUGAUCAUCUGGUUGAAGCAUCUAUAACAUCUUUGAUGAUUAGCUCAUCAACGACAAGCUCUCAUCAUCUCUCAUCAGAAGAGCAAGCUGAAAGAUUCUAUGUGUUAUGGAACCACAGCCACCACAGCAUGCACGAGCAACCUCCAAAGCAAAUCUUUGAUGUUGGAGGAAGCUUGAUUUCUUAUCAAUGCUCGGUGCUUGAACGCCCACUUUUCAUUGUCCUUGACCUCCUCUCUCAGGAGCCUAGCGAUGUCUCCCAGAGUGUUCAACAGUGGCUCCAAGAACUCCAUUCCAUUCAUAGGAUAUUCCAUGUCAUUCUAUUAAAACUUGAGGAACUAUUUGAGCGUGACACUCCUAGUUCCGUUGCUGGAGACAAUCUGUCAAUUGCUCCAGAUGAUUACAAAGAGUGUAACUAUUUGUUGCGAACGGCAUCAAAUGUGAUCUCGUCUCUUUCUCAUGGGGGCUGGAUCACGUUUCUCAAUUAUACACUGGGACAGAACGAGAAGCGCUCAGAGGCGCCUAAGUCCGAAGGUAUUCCUCGUUCCGGCUACUCAUCGAAAUUAUUCAUUAACUCGAUCCUUCAAACAGACAAUGUUGAUUCAAAGAGCUUCCACGCAACCAUAUUCGAGGCUUGCCACAAAAUAAUCGACGACAAGAGUUCAAUGGCGACCCAAGACAGCCGGGAAGGAGAGAGAUUGCAAAAUGAUGCACUUCAUCUCAUGCGACAGCUCCUUCUUGGACCCGGCGCGGAGAAUCUGGUGGAAUCUGGAAUUGACGAUUUCCUCGUGGAUCGCCUUCUCAUCGCAGCAGAUGAAGGUGGUAGUAUUGCAGUGCAAUCGGCCCUCAUCGACACCCUUCUUGCAGCUUUGAAGGUUCGAUUCGCCCAGGCCUAUGCACCUCCACCACCCCCCAGACCCAAGCACCAACGGGCAAGCUCUCGUGACCGCUUGACAAGUCCUUCUAUAUUAUCUUUUACCAGUGAUAAGGGUGACAGAGGCCAACCCUCGGUACAAUUCCCUCGGCCCCCAGAGCGUCUUUUAGACUGUUUGCUCAAGGGUAUCAGCUCAACGAAAUCACAUGAAAUAGUAGACCGAUGGAUCGGAUUACUUAGCGAAGUUCUUCCACUCUACUCGGGCUCUCUUUUUCAAAUUCUUCUCAUGCUGGUUGAAUGCCUUUGUAGGGAGACAAAAGCAGCUUUUGGAAGGCUCCAGCGUGGGUUUCAGCAAACAGAAGAUUGGCCACGAGACCGCUCAGAAUAUGCCACCAUUGCUUUGCUUACUGGCCUUGAAACGUGUAUUGCCAAUGCGCAUGAACGACUUCUCGUAGAGGAGUCAAACAUUCCGGCCGCAAAAAGCCCGGACCAGCCUCAAGGCUUUUUCGGUAACAUGGUGUCUGGUGUUUUUAACUCUGAUGGUAAUCAAGGCCGUUCUAACACCGCAAAUGAUCGCUUAACCGUUCUCUUGUGCUUUCAAGACGCCGUUCGCCUUUGUUUCUCUAUUUGGGCAUGGGGCGCAGGCGACCGAGUCGGUCCUUCUCCGGAUUUUGCGUCUAUGGCAUCCUUCCAAUAUACUUCAUUGCGAAUGAGAAAUCGGUCAAGACGCAUUCUUGAACAUUUCUUUACUGCCGAGGCACUAGAAUGUCUUGAAACUCUAGUUGAAAUGUGGACCAAAUCUGACACGGAUAGUGCAACACUUAUUUUCAGCCUUCUGCAUACUCUUGAUGGAUCGAGUCCCAAGAUCACGAUUCCCGCCGUGUUCAAUGCAAUUUACACCCGGACAAAUCCCGGCGCACUUGAUGCUAAUCGCAAAUCAUCCCUUACAACUAGUCUUUCUGAAUCGGAGCUUGCGAGCUUCUUGGUCGCAUACGCCCGUUCUUUGGACGAUGAUGCCCUGGACGAAAUAUGGACUGACUGCACAACAUUCCUGCGAGAUGUACUUAGCAACCCCUUUCCACAUCGUCAAAUUCUUCCACGACUUAUUGAAUUUGCUGCUAUUCUGGGAGUGAAGCUUGAGAACACGACGUUUGGUGAAGACCGUCGUAUGCGUAAAGAACUCGGGGAUGUCGUUCUUCGCCUGCUCACUGCUGUCUUCACAAGCAAGCCACUUGGGUUGAACCAAGACGCUGGUUCUCUAGCGAGAUCUUCUAUAGAUUAUGACCGUACAGCAGUGUCCCAUACUGGACCCGAUGAUAUGUUGAGUAUUCUCGCAGUAUCUAUGCCAUCCUUUAUCACAACCUUGGGUGACUCAGACCGCAUCAACACCGCAAUCAGUGGUGUGUCAACAAAUGUCGUCGGUCCUCUCAUUCGAUCUCGACUAUUCCCCAAUAAUCUCAACUGCAAUGUGAUGGUUCUACUACAACAAAUGGCCAAGGUCCCUGCAGCUGCGAAGGUCUGGAAAAAGGACAUUGCUGAUGCGUUCAACGACCCCCGCUUCUUUGGAUUGCAAGUUGAUCUCAUCAAAGGGAAUUGGAUGGAUCUUUUGCGUCAAUGGGCCCUCGUUGAUAAGGAAAGGCUAGCAGAGCUUCUCACUCGAAUGCCACCACCGAGCACAGCAGGUAUCAUGUUUGGCGUGGGAGCCUCUGCAGCGCGGUUAGAAGCGGAUCGCAAGACGCAACUCAACCUGCGGCGCGUAGCGGUGCUUCUUCUUUCUGCGAAUACCGAUUACUUUGUAGGCGAAUUGCCAGCCCUACGUCAAAAGCUAGAGGAUCUUCUAGCCGCUACUAGUUCCUCUUCGCCGUCAUCCGCAACGCGGGCAGAGAUAUUUAUGGUUCUGCGGGCCCUUGCGCUUAAAACCUCACCUUCGACCAUGGCGCCUUUCUGGCCUUUAGUUAACUCCGAAUUGCAGGAAGCUCUCUCUGCUGUUCCACGCGGCUCGCAGUCAGAAGUGUACGGUCCUUACUCGCUCCUUCAGGCAUGCAAGCUGCUGGAUGUCCUUCUAGUCACCGCUCCAGAUGACUUCCAGCUUCUGGAAUGGCUGUUUGUGACCGAUACCAUCGACGCAGUUUAUCCUCCUGGCCAAUGGGAACCAGUUGCCCUGGCUGAUGAGGUUGCCCAGAGCUUCGGACGUCACGAUAUUCUCUCCCCAUCUGUUUCCAAUGAGCCUGUCGAGCCCGCAGCGCGUGGUCUCAGACGCCCUUGGCUUAUCUCAGAUCACAUUCGAGAGACGGCCAAAGAUGAGAUUGUUGAGCGAGUUUUACGACCGUUCUUCGAGCGACUUAGCAUCUAUGUCUUUGAGAGCACAUAUCGUAUGGAAAGCGCAGACUUGGGCAUUUGUCGGGACGAUUUGCUGGCGGACUUGUUCAAUGAGAGUACGAUGGCGAACUGA